GGUCUCUGGAGCUCUGCAAGAGGAGGGAGUUUUUGCAUGCUGACGCUUUGGCUGUGGUGAAGCACUCCAUGCUGAAGAUGGACCAUGCAAACAUGACCCAAGCCACACUUGGUGCCGAGUCCCACAGUACAGAGAAGAGCAGUGGCAAUGAGUAUCUUUACAUCCUGAUUGUCAUGUCUUUCUAUGGGGUCUUCCUGAUUGGGAUAAUGCUUGGCUACAUGAAAUCCAAAAGAAAAGAGAAGAAGUCCAGUUUGCUUCUGCUCUACAAAGACGAGGAGAGAGAAUGGGGGGAAGCUGUCAAGCCUCUACCCACCAUAUCGGGGCUGAAGUCUGUCCAGAUCCCCAUGAUGCUGAACAUGCUGCAGGAGAGCAUGGUGCCAUCCCUGUCCUGUGCCAUCUGCUCAAUGGAAGGCAGCAGCGUGAGUUCCGAAUCCUCCUCCUCCCCAGACGUCCACUUCACCAUCCAGGAGGAAGUGCUGGAUGCUGAGCUGGGGGAAGUGUCAGAGACACUCCUCAAUGAGAGCAGCGAGGGAUCUGCAGAAAACCUUCACAAGAACUCCUAGCACUCGCAGACCUACCUUCAACAGCUGCCAAUGGGGCAGUGGAGCUCCCACUAAGAACUUGUGGUUCUCCUUCCCUGUUCUCCAAUGAACUCUGAACAGGUACCUGUGCCCCUAGGCCUGAGGCGCUCCCAGAGCUGGCAGGAUAAGGAUGCAGUGGCGCUCAACUCCAACGUGUAACUUGCACAUCCUUGGGCUGCUUAAUUUUGAUGUUUCCAAUAUGAUUUCUCUACCAUGAGAGCAAAGAAGGAGGAGAAUGUAUUUUCUCAUGAGGUAACUGUCACUGACAUGUCUCUGCAUAGCUUGGAAUUCUGCAAAAAUGUGAGAAGCAUUUAGGGCAGUUACCCUGAGCCCAGUGCCUGGUUCUUAGAGGUUAUGGGCAAUGCUCAUGGGAACAAAACUGUGGCACACCAGAAGUGCUUCCACUGUGGGUUUUGGUUUUUCUAACCACAUCCAGCAGCAGACUUGCUCAAUGAGGCCUCAAAAGCUGAGAAUCUGUUGAUGCUAUAGGUGAAAGGAGAUUGCAGUAUGGCUGGAGACUAACUUCAGGCACAGAAAGAACGAGAUUAAAAGACCAGAGGCGGACUCUAGAGCCCGGUUUCAGGUCCUACCACUCGAUCUGUCUUUGCUUCACUUGUAGCCAUGCUGACUGGCUCAGGUUCACCAGAUUCUGCUGCAAUCCACCCUUUGACUGUGUUACCAGUAGGAAAAGUGUGGUUUCAGUUUGCUUUUUAUCUCUUUAAAAGCUAUGUACAUUUGAUCACUAAAGGCAAAGAUCUGUACGUUAAAGAUGGCACAAAAAGGUCUUUGCUGCAAGAUGCAAAGCAUAGAAAGGCUUGAACAAAUGCUGCUCUGUUACACCCCUUUGAAAAACAGGUGGGAAGCAAGAUAGGAUUUAACCAACAAGGGUGAGAUUCUUGGCCAGUGGAAGUCACCAGCUGAGUUCUCCUGGCUUCAAGGGACAUGCAGAAGAUUUUAUGCUUCUCUGUUGGAGUUAAACUGUCCAUUUGAGGUCAGUACGACUUUCACCCAUGUGCAUCCUUAAGGAAUCCAGACUUUCUGCUCUACUGAAGGUAGAUAAACAUUGCAUCACCUUCCCCCCCUCCCACCAGCUUGCAUGUGACACAUGCAUUUCUGUACAGUCGUUAUUAACUAGCUUUUACAACUACCACCAACUUCCCCCUCCCCCUAAUUUAAAGGUACUGUGAUUGUCUCAGAUGCUUAUGAAACCAGCUACUAAAUAAUUGCACUGUUAAAAGAAGGAAGGACAAAUAAAACUAGCAGAGUGACUGUUUCAAUCAUACUUUAUAUUUUGUAAUAACUUAAUAAGUUAUUGAUGUUUGGGUUAGCCCUGAAGCAUGAGAGCCCAAGAGCCGGAAUCUAAAGCCUUGGCGCAGCACAAACGUUUGCAACAGGUCUCCACAUGUUUCCUGCCCUUAAAAAGCUCCGUGAUUUAUCCACUGGCGUGAGAGCUUGAGAGGCAGCUUGAAAAGCACGGCUGCUGAGCAGCAGAAGCCAGCUCCUUCUGCCCCUGAGGAGGGAGAGCUCUGCUUUUGGCUCGGAGGGUUAACACGCUGCAGCCUGCAGAGCUAUCGCUCCCUAUCUCUGCUCAACACAGAACAAAAGCUCCUUUGUUGCUCAGAAAGAGUCUGAUCCCGUUCAGACUGAAGGCAGUGGGAGUUUUUCCACUGACUUCAGUGAACUUUGGAUCAGACCAUAAAAAAAAAAACCCAACCACCCAGCUUUUUGGUAGAUUUACUCCAAAAAGGGGCAGUUUCAGCUUUUGGAAGAAGCCAACUGGAGUUUGGCGCUUUGCCUGGAAUCACUUGAAUCCCAAAACUUUCCAAACCAGACUGACAUAGGCAAGUUGUCACAUUUUCCAUUGCUUUCUCCUCCAGCCUUUUACUUUAGCUAUAAACGUAUUUCUAGCUGUAAAAAAACAAACCCCAACCCCCCCUCCCUUCCCCCUCCCUCCCUUUCUAAAUGAUGUAUAUAAUUCCUAGCAUCGAGUUGUAUAUAAUUGUCUGGUGUAUUUAAGGUUUGUUGUUUCUACUGGCACUAAGUUUUAUUUAAAUAAAGAAACACGUUUCCUGGAA